AUGGGGCGGGCGCUCCGCGCAGGGUUCUUCCUGUCCGCGGUCUCGCCGUCAUUGCGUCAUCACCGCGCGCGUCCCGCAUGGCCCCGUCCCGGCUGCCUGCGGCGCCGCCCCGCUCCGCGCCGUGCGCCCGCUCCGCUUCCGGUGCCCGGGAGGUUCGGGCCCCGGCUGGAGCUGCGGGAGGACGAUGUGGAGGGCGGAGACGCGGGGGACCGCAGCGAGGCCGAGCCCGCUCCGCCCCGCUCCGUGCGGGCCUCUUCCUGGGAAGAGGAAGGUGUGGGAGUCCUGGGGGGACGCAGAAUGUCAGCAUCAGCGGCAGGAUCGGCUGCUUCCUCCUCUGCUCCUGACGCCAUGCGCUGGUUUCCUUUGAGAAGCACCCCAGAAGCCAGAGCCCAUUGUCACACCUGUGGGUUCCACAGGCCGCGCAGACAUGGGAUGAUGGCGCUGAUGCUCCUUAUCCCGAGGAUUGGGUGGAUACUGCUUUUGUGCCUCAGGGGAAACCCAGAGUGGGAAAGCAGCCCUGGCCACUCUUUGGAGGAGAGAACCUCUACGUUUGCCGUUUGGACCAUGUCUUUCCCCGACCUGCCACCAGUCCUCAAAGGUCUUCUCGGUGAAGUACCAAAGCGGAGUCCUGUUGCUGAGCCUGGACAGGAUGCCAGAGGUCCUGAGAUAUGGAAAGAGACAUCGAGAACUGGAAGAUAUUCUCAGAGGCUCUCCCAUGUCCUGAAGAAAAUCAUGAAGGAGAAGGCAGCACAGGAGGCAGACGGAAAGCCUGAGCACAGGGAUGCAUUUCAGGCAGGCAGCCGUCGCACAGCGCACGUCCCUCUGGGAGAAACAGAGGCCAAGCACACGACUGGCGCUCCAGUGCUGUUAGAGCCCCAGGAAGCCCAGUACAACUGGAUCCGUGGUUUUUUUCUGAAGAAUCCAGGUGUGGAUGACGAAGGACGUGCAAACGCCGAGCAAGUUAAAGAUGCACAGAAGUUGUACCUGGAACUUGCCGCAUCUGUGCCGGUUUCCCUGUUGCUAGCGAUGAUUCUGUGCUGCGUUCUUUUCUGGUGGUGCAGGAAGAGGAAGCAGCGCCUCGCUGCAGCUGACGGAGCGCGGGACGAUAGCAGCAGCUACAGCUCGCCGUCAGAGGAGGAGUCUGCUGACCUCGAGUGGCCCGACAGACGGACAAACCACCAACCAUCUGUGCGGGAACAACCUGCCCACCAGCCGCAGGGCACCAGCAGAGCGGCCCCUGUCAGGCUGAACAGCCGCCGGGCUCAGCUACCCCCGCCUCGACCCCCGCGGCCCCCCAGCCCGGGCUCUGCAUCGCGGGGGAUCAGCGACAGGCCCAGAAGCCCCCGGCCCCAGCGGGCAUCAACACCACCCCCUCGUCCUCCUCCACCAUCCUUCAAGGGACGGAAGGAACCAGCCGGGGGUGCAGGCUUGCGGUCAUCGGCCAGCACCAAACCGAUUGCUCCCCAGCAGCUGAGCAACAGACCCAGCAGCCCCCGGCCGCAGCGGGCAUCAACGCCGCCCCCUCGUCCUCCUCCACCAUCCAUCAAGGGACGGAAGGAACCAGCCGGGGGUGCAGGCUUGUGGUCAUCGGUCAGCACCAAACCGGUUGCUCCCCAGCAGAUGAGAAACAGACCCAGCAGCCCCCGGCCACAGCGGGCAUCAACACCACCCCCUCGUCCUCCUCCACCAUCCAUCAAGGGACGGAAGGAACCAGCUGGGGGUGGAGGCUUGCGGUCAUUGGCCAGCACCAAACCGAUUGCUCCCCAGCAGCUGAGCGACAGGCCCAGCAGCCCCCGGCCGCAGCGGGCAUCAACACCGCCCCCCCAUCCCCCACCACCAUCCUUCAAGGAACGGGAGCAGUCUCCUCAGCAUGUCGGCUCGGGGGCAUCGUCCAGCACCUGGAUAACCGCUGCCUCGGAGGAGCCUGAGAGACCCGGCAGCCCCCAACCCCCCCCGGCACCACCUCUGCCCCCCUCCUUCUCUCCAUCAUCCUUUAGGAGGUGGGAGCAGCGCCCCCAGGUUCUCAGCUCGGGGGCAUCAUCACACCCCUGGAAAACCACUGCCAGGGGGAAACAGACCAGGCCCGGCAGCCCCCAGCCCCCCCCAGCGCCGCCUCUGCCAUCCCCGUUCCCUCCAUCACCUGUCAGGGAAUGGAAGCGAUCCGCGCAGCGUGCCGACUUGGGGAAACGGUCCGACAGGACAGCCGCUGCCAGGGGGAAGCAGGACCGGCCCAGCAGCCCCCGGCCUCCCCGGGCGCCGUCACCAGCCUCCCGUUCCCCUCUGCGAUCCUUCAGGGGACGGAAGUGGCCCCCCCAGGCCUCCUCGCUGCCCUCCCCCUCCUCUCCACCAUCCUUCAGGAGGUGGGAGCAGCCCCGCCAGGGUCUUGGCCUGGGGCAAUUACCCAGCAGACCGACAACUGCGGCCUGGGGGAAGCGUGAGCAGUUCAGCAGCCCACAGCCGCCCCGAGCACCAUUCUCUCCCUCCCCUCAAGCAUCUUUCAGGCGGUGGGAGUGGCCCCCCCGGGGCGUCAGCUCAGGGGCUUCAUUGGAUAACUGGAAGACCACUGCCAGGGGGAAACAGACCUCGGCCAGCAGCCCCCAGCACCCCGCAGCACUACAUCUGCCCUUCCGCUCCCCUCCACUCUCCAUCGGGAGGUGAGAGCACCGCCAGCAUGCGGGUUUGGGACACCGUCGGACAUCUGCAGAACCGCUGCUGUCAUGUACCUGAGAUUACCAAUAAACAACAUAACACCACA